AUGAGUCUAAAAUUUGCUGAAGCAUGUGCUGAGGCAAAAAAAUUGACUCUCACACAAGAUAUACAGCUACUUAUUUAUGGGCUUUAUAAGCAAGCUACAGCUGGAGACUGCAAUAUUCCUCCACCCUCAUCCAUGAUUGACUCAAUGAAAUAUCAAUCCUGGAUUAUGCAUCUUGGAAAAUCAAAAGAGCAAGCUGAAGCUGAGUACCAAAAAUUUAUUUUUUAAUUAAAAUCUAUAUAUAUUUUUUAAAAAAAAAAUAUUUUACUGUAUAUAUCUAUUAUACAAGCAUCAAAAAGUCAGGAAAACUGGGGAAAUAAAGUCAGCAAAUUUCAGCUAGAAGAGGAAGAAGAAGAAGCUCCUAGGGAUGAGCAUCAAGAAAAAGUCCAUAAAUUGUGUGAAGCCGUCAAAAAUGGAGAGCUUGAUAUAGAGCUACUCGAAGAACUUGGGGUGAACGUAAAAGAUUCUGAAGGUUUAGCACCGCUCCAUCACGCUGCCGAUGCAGAAAACUCAGAAAUUGUGUCCCAACUUUUAAAACUUGGGGCUGAUGUAAAUUUACAAGAUAAUUUAGGGAUGACACCUCUUCAUUAUGCUGCUGAGCUGAAUAAUCCUGAAAUUUUUACACUGCUAAUUUCAAUGCCUGGAAUAGAUUUAAGUUUACAAGAUUCAGAUGGAAAUACCGUAAGAGAAAUCGCCCAAAGCCCAUGCUGUGAUUUAUUACCUUAA